CUUCUGGUCCUCGGAGCAGCGAGCAGCGCUGAGGAAGACAGCCCUCCUCUGCAGUCCACCCAGGCCCACCCUGACGCCGGCCCUCCUCAGUGGUGCCCCAGGCCGGCCGAGACAUGAGGCUGGCCCAGGCCCUGCUGCCCCUGCUCCUGCAGGCCUGGUGGGUGGCCGCCCAGGACAUCCCUGAGACCGCGAGGGCCAUUGCCUUCCAAGACUGCCCCGUGGACCUGUUCUUUGUGCUGGACACCUCUGAGAGUGUGGCCCUGCGGCUGAAGCCCUACGGGGCCCUGGUGGACAAGGUGAAGUCCUUCACCAAGCGCUUCAUCGACAACCUGAGAGACAGGUACUACCGGUGUGACCGCAACCUGGUGUGGAACGCGGGCGCCCUGCACUACAGCGACGAGGUGGAGAUCAUCCGCGGGCUCACACGCAUGCCCAGCGGGCGCGAUGAGCUCAAGGCCAGCGUGGACGCUGUCAAGUACUUCGGCAAGGGCACCUACACUGACUGCGCCAUCAAGAAGGGGCUGGAGGAGCUGCUCAUCGGGGGCUCCCACCUGAAGGAGAACAAGUACCUGAUCGUGGUGACCGAUGGGCACCCACUGGAGGGCUACAAGGAGCCGUGUGGGGGCCUGGAGGACGCCGUGAAUGAGGCCAAACACCUGGGCAUCAAGGUCUUCUCCGUGGCCAUCACGCCCGACCACCUGGAGCCGCGACUGAGCAUCAUCGCCACCGACCACACGUACCGGCGCAACUUCACCGCGGCAGACUGGGGACAGAGCCGCGGCGCGGAGGAGGCCAUCAGUCAGACCAUUGACACCAUCGUGGACAUGAUAGUGAGCGGGUAUGAGGGAGAACGAGGCAAGCCAGGCCUCCCAGGAGAGAAGGGAGAAGCCGGAGACCCUGGAAGACCCGGGGACCUCGGGCCAGUCGGGUACCAGGGGAUGAAGGGAGAGAAAGGGAGCCGUGGGGAGAAGGGCUCCAGGGGACCCAAGGGCUACAAGGGUGAGAAAGGCAAGCGAGGCAUUGACGGAGUGGACGGAAUGAAGGGGGAGACGGGGUACCCAGGCCUUCCAGGGUGCAAGGGCUCGCCAGGGUUUGAUGGCGCCCAAGGCCCCCCCGGCCCCAAGGGAGACGCCGGCGCCUUUGGCCUGAAGGGAGAGAAGGGUGCACCUGGAGCGGAUGGGGAGGCUGGGAGACCCGGAAACUCAGGGCCACCGGGAGACGAGGGUGAGCCUGGAGAGCCUGGUCCCCCUGGAGAGAAAGGAGAGGCUGGUGACGAGGGGAACACAGGACCGGACGGCCCCCCCGGAGAGAGGGGUGGCCCUGGAGAAAGAGGACCUCGGGGGACCCCAGGCAUGCGGGGGCCAAGAGGAGACCCAGGUGAAGCUGGACCCCAAGGAGACCAAGGGAGAGAAGGCCCCGCAGGCGUCCCUGGAGACCCGGGUGAGCCUGGCCCCGUCGGACCUAAAGGAUACCGAGGUGACGAGGGUCCCCCAGGGUCUGAGGGUCUCAGAGGAGCCCCAGGACCCGCUGGCCCCCCUGGAGACCCGGGGCUGAUGGGCCAAAGGGGAGAAGACGGCCCCCCCGGAAACGGCACCGAGGGCUUCCCCGGCUUCCCCGGCUACCCAGGCAGCAGGGGCCCCCCUGGGCUGAACGGCACCAAAGGCUACCCCGGCCUCAAGGGGGACGAGGGUGAAGCUGGGGACCCUGGCGAGGAUAACAACGACAUCGCACCUCGCGGCGUCAAAGGGGCAAAGGGGCACCGAGGCCCCGAGGGCCCGCAGGGACCUCCAGGAAGCACAGGACCCCCCGGGCCAGACGAAUGUGAGAUUUUGGACAUCAUCAUGAAGAUGUGCUCCUGCUGCGAGUGCAAGUGUGGCCCCAUCGACAUCCUCUUCGUGCUGGACAGCUCCGAGAGCAUCGGCCUGCAGAACUUUGAGAUCGCCAAGGACUUCAUCAUCAAGGUCAUUGACCGGCUGAGCAGGGACGAGCUGGUCAAGUUUGAGCCCGGGCAGUCGCACGCUGGCGUCGUGCAGUACAGCCACAACCAGAUGCAGGAGCACGUGGACCUGCGCAGCCCCAACAUCCGCAAUGCCCAGGAGUUCAAGGAAGCCGUCAAGAAGCUGCAGUGGAUGGCGGGCGGCACCUUUACAGGCGAGGCCCUGCAGUACACCCGGGACCGGCUGCUGCCGCCCACCCAGAAUGACCGCAUCGCCCUGGUCAUCACCGAUGGACGCUCGGACACCCAGAGGGAUACCACUCCACUCAGCGUGCUCUGUGGCCCCGACAUCCAGGUGGUCUCUGUGGGCAUCAAGGACGUGUUUGGCUUUGUCGCGAGCUCUGACCAGCUCAACGUCAUUUCCUGCCAAGGCCUGUCGUCCCCGGGCCGGCCGGGCAUCUCCCUGGAGAAGGAAAACUAUGCAGAGCUGCUGGACGAUGCCUUCCUGAAGAACAUCACGGCCCAGAUAUGCAUAGACAAGAAGUGUCCAGACUACACCUGCCCAGUCACCUUCUCCGCCCCGGCCGACAUCACCAUCCUGCUGGACGGCUCGGCCAGCGUGGGCAGCCACAACUUCGACACCACCAGGCACUUCGCCAAGCGCCUGGCAGAGCGCUUCCUGUCCGCCGGCCGGGCGGACCCCUCACAGGACGUGCGGGUGGCGGUGGUACAGUAUAGCGGCCCUGGCCAGCAGAGGCCUGGGCGGGGCGCACUGCAGUUUCUGCAGAACUACACCGUGCUGGCCAGCGUGGUGGACGGCAUGGAUUUCUUCAAUGAUGCCACCGAUGUCAACGAUGCCCUGAGCUACGUCACACGCUUCUACCGUGAGGCCUCCUCGGGAGCCGCCAAGAAGAAGGUGCUGCUGUUCUCGGACGGCAACUCGCAGGGGGCCACGGCGGCGGCCAUCGAGAAGGCCGUGCAAGAGGCCCAGCGGGCGGGCAUCGAGGUCUUUGUGGUGGUGGUGGGUCACCAGGUCAAUGAGCCCCACAUCCGCGUGCUGGUCACUGGCAAGACGGCCGAGUACGACGUGGCCUUCGGAGAGCGCCACCUGUUUCGCGUGCCCAGCUACCAGGCCCUGCUGCGUGGUGUCUUCUACCAGACAGUGUCUAGGAAGGUGGCGCAGGGCUAGGGCAUGGGCACGGCAGGCCUCUCCGCAUGCCCCCCAGAGCCAGCAGGAAGAGCCGGACCGAGUCAUCCUGGCCACCACAGGGAGACGUCCAGGGGAGACGGGGCUCUGCCGUCACCGGGCCCCCGAGCUGGGCCUGGGCCUCCACAGCUUGCUCGGGUGGUGUCGGUCACCCCCUCCCUCGGCCGCGCAGGCCUCCCUUCCCCUCCUGGCUGUGUCCGUCCCGCUGGCCUCCUUCCUCCCCAGAUGACCGCUGGUGUCCUCUAAGUCCCACAGAAGGUCUUCUUCCGCCCGCACCCACACUCGGUCCUGGUGGCCCUGCCCCUCGCCCCGGGGGUGUUGCACUGUGAGUUCCUUCUGCAGAUUCUCCAGCACCACCCCCAAGGGGUCGCCUCCCCCUAACCAGGUGCCCCAGCGACCCGGGCAGACCCCGGCCCUGGCCCUCGGGCCGUGAAGCUCAGGACGGCAAAGCACUGGGCUGUUCUGAGGACAGAGGUGCUGCCUGCAGGGCCACUGAGCAGAGCCGGUCGAGCCGAGGAGUGCCCCAAGGACAGCCCAGGCCCUCCUCAGUCAUGCCGCACCGGUGGCCUGUCCCCCCUCAGCUGGCCUGUCCUCUCCAAGUUUCCCAUGUGGCCUGCCCCCCUAGGCUGGCCUGUCCUUUUCCUGUUUCCCUGGGCCCUGCCCCAGGCCGUGAUCUCUGCUAAUAAAGGUCUCCACUCCUCUCUG